UCUAAAAACAGCCUGUGACACUCAGUGGAUUGCCAGCUAGGGAGCAAUGCGAUCCGUUCGAAGGAGCUUUGAGGACAGCAACGAGCGCCUAAGCAGGCCCAGUGACUCUGCAUUGUUCUAAAGGAGUAGACAUCUUUAAUCUUUGCCAAGUCAGUUCUUUAGGGAUUGAGGGACCGUUGGGGGACUGUUUGUUGCUAUUCCUAAAGACAGCAGUAGUGGUUUUGUUUUUCCACUGUGCAAUGAAUAUAUCUCUGGGGUAUUCACAUUCCACAAAGCAAGACAGCAACAUGGACAGCUUGGAGAAACAGCUCAUUUGCCCCAUCUGUUUGGAGAUGUUUACCAAACCGGUGGUGAUUCUCCCUUGUCAACACAACCUUUGUCGAAAAUGUGCCCAAGAUAUUUUCCAGGCCUCAAACCCUUAUCUAUCGACCAGAGGAACCACGGUAUCUUCAGGGGGACGUUUCCGCUGCCCGUCCUGCAGACAUGAGGUGGUCCUGGACAGACAUGGAGUCUAUGGCCUGCAGAGGAACCUGCUGGUGGAGAAUAUCAUUGACAUGUACAAACAAGAACAGGAGUCCUCAAGCAGCAAGCCUGAGCCUGAGCCUGCCAAGUGUGACCAGCCCAUGUGUGAGGAGCAUGAGGGUGAGAAGAUCAACAUCUACUGUGUGACAUGUGGCGUGCCCACCUGCUCUCUCUGCAAGGUGUUCGGAGCCCACAAAGACUGUGAUGUGGCCCCACUCAACACUGUGUUCAAUAAGCAAAAGACUGAGUUGACUGACUGUAUAGCCAUGCUAGUGGGGAACAACGACAGGAUUCAAGGCAUCAUGAGUCAACUGGAUGAGACCUGUAAGACAGUUGAGGAGAAUGGCAGGAGGCAGAAAUCCAAAGUGUGUGAAAGUUUCGAUCACCUUUAUGCCGUCCUGGAGGAGCGGAAAGGAGACAUGACCCUGAAGAUCAACGCAGAGAAACAGGAGAAACUGGACUAUAUAAACGGCCUUAUGAGGAAGUAUAGAGAGCACCUGGAGAACAUGGCAAAGAUUGUGGAGACAGGGAUACAGACAAUGGAGGAGUCAGAGAUGGCUACUUUCCUGCAGACUGCAAAGCCUCUUCUACAAAAGCUCAUUGCAGGCACUAACAUCUCCCACCUGGACAAAGUGGAGCGUGGCUAUGACAACAUGGAUCACUACACAGCUAACUUUGAGCGGGAGAGGAGGGUACUGCUCACUAUAGACUUUGUGAAAGAUGUUGAAGACGAUGAAGAAUUUGAAGAUGGAGAAGAGGAAGUAGAAUUGAGGCGGAUGACAGGGGCGACCCAUACAGAUGUCUCCCCCUCUGCUGCAGGGCCCUCUGUCGUUAAGGCCAACCCUCCACAGCCCCAGCAGCAAACAGCACCCCCACCCCUUCCUCAGAGACCUAUUGAGAUCCUAGGUGUCAUGGCUACCCUGGCCAACCCACAGGGCCCCGUCCGUGCCACAACCCCAGUACAAUUCCCAUCCCUAACCCCAACACCAACUGCCACCACACAGGCCAGCCCAGUCCACUUCCCAACCACAACCCCUGUUCAGUUCCCAAACACAAAUCUGGUUAACUUCCCAUCAGCGGAGCCACCGACACAGAUGACUUCUGAUGCGGCAUCAAGUCAGCAAAACACAGAUGACAAAGAUGGACCCAAACACGUCUUCUCCUUUUCUUGGCUGAACAACCAGAAGUAGAUGUUCAUUUUACCUCAAGACAUUGUUGUACUACUAGGUAUUGUUUUGGUUGAGUCAGCAUCCCGCUGCAGGCACGGUUUAAAUAAUUACUAUGUUACCGUUAUAUAACUGUAAUUUCUCUGUAAAUCCUCUCUAGCAUUUCUAUACUACCGUAAAAACAAAUGUCAUUGGGCAGAUUUCUGGCUUGAGAAAGCCGUGCGUAAUUUGGCACACAUUUUGGCAAUAGAUUUACGCGUGAGUCAGAAAAACGUCUCAAUGUAUUAAAACACUCAAUUUAGUCUACACAGCAAGCAAUGAAUAUAACUUUGGAAACUUUUUUUAUUACAAAUAUAAAUAUCAGACAUUCUCUUGCACAACAAAUAUGAUUGGUUGCUGAUAGUCAUAUGAUUGACCUAUUUUAUUAUCAAACUUGAAGCAGUUGUACAAUGAGAGGGAAUUCCAGAGAGAGAGGAUGAAUGUUUGGACAAUAUAUACAAAAUACGUUAUGCUUGAAUAUAAGUUAAAGAACAUUAAAGGAUAUUUGUGUUCAGCA